AUUUAAAAGAUAUUUAUUAUUUGACAUAAAUGCGAACCAAGUAACGAUUUGUAUUACACAAAGUAUUACUUUUAUCUUCAAUCAUACUUGUAUUUAUACUUGUACUUAUGCAAACACACAAUGGAGAACACGAAGCAAUUCAGUGCAAAUAUUUUUACCAUUGACAUAACAACUUGUACAAUGAUUCCAACGAAUAAACUAUAUAACAUUGAUUACUUUUAGAAUACACAGAUGAAUUACUUUUAGUUACGUUCAGUCAUUGUAUAAUAUACGUGUACGUGUACACGAUGGACCGUUUCAUUUAUUUUAUCAUAUAAAUAAUAUCGCGAAGAUCAGUAUCCUUAUCGUCACAAUUUUAUCAUUUCACAAUGAUUUCCAUCCCUAGAAAAUCAGUUCACUCAAGCCUAUUUUUAGUCUUUCAAACAUACAUUUCUGCUGACAACCCUAGUGGGGGUGAGUUACCCUUAGUGGGGGAUCGAAUCUAGAGGGGGAAGCCAGCCGUCAGGGCAACGCAUGCCUUCUGAUUCUGAUAUUUCAGUAGGCCGCGCGAGCUUAUGCCGUGAAUAUGUUGUUGUAAAGUGGUUGUUCGUCUUUCUUUCUCUUUCCCUUUUUGUAUCAUCCGGUCUGUUUUCUUUUUUCUUAUAAUAUUCCUGUGCGUGAUUUUCUGUCCAUGAUUGUGCGAUAUAUUUGUUGCGAAUAUAUAUUGUCGAUACGAAUGUGUGUUCCAAGGUCAAUUUGCGAAAGCUUUCUACGCCGCGAUAAAACAAGGUAUUGAUUCCACACGGUGUACAUCUGUUUGGUUAAAUAUAAAAGUAACGCAGAGGAAAAAGUCGGCUAAUGUCUGUUGCGAAGAAAAUUCUUGGAGAACGUUCAACUUUGAAUCGUGGGAUUCCUGUCGGGCGUAUGGUUGAUCGAUCGCGCUCUUAAAUUCGUAGGCUAUUCUACGUAUAAAGUCACGGAGGCCUCGACGAGCAAAGAAAAUAUUUAAUAAGAAUCGAGAGUCGUACGUGUGUAUGUGUGUGUGCAGAUAUGGGGAGUGUCGUAGGCAGCAACGUGAACGCGAGCAACGCGACGACGAGGAGGAUGGACUCGACGACGUUCCUGCCGGAAGCGACGUCGACCCUCAGCGAGCGGGAGCAACUGAAAAUCGAAUUUUACAAAACUUACGACGUUAUGACCGGGGUCAGAAUCGCAGCGACUCUCGGUGGUUUUUUCGGUCUUAUGAUCCUUCUGCUUGUUUAUAAAAGCAGGUGUAAAUCGAGCAAGCAGUUGGAGGAUCCAAGACUGACCGCAGCUGCAGCCGCAGCGGUAGCCGAAGCAGAAGCCGAAGAAAGAGCCCUCGCAGCCGCUCUCGAAGCCAUUUCCAGAUUACCACCUAGACCGGAUCACGGCCCUAGAAGAUCUCUUUGUGUCGAGGUGUCGCAAUCUCAUUUGCCAAAAAUCGGGCCGCGUUUUGCGUCGGUUGGCGGUGGCUACGAGGCUCUGUUGACACCACCAACGAAGCAGCCGAAUUUGCCGCUUCCCGAGGAACAAAGAAGAUGCAGUUCGGUGACGUGUAGCAGCACCGGGAGUAGUUACCUCGAGAGAAGGGGGUCCGCGAUGCCGGUACCAUGUUUGCCGCUUCACCCUACGCUUUCCACGAAAUACGCUGCCCACGACGAACCCUGGGAUCUCUAUUAUCCCAUCGACAUUCAGGUAAUUCAACCGACCCCGGAGCUUUCCCCGUGCACGAGCGAAGCAGGUCUUUACGCGAACGAGGCGAUGAUCACGGCGACUAGCGGCAAAAGAGCACCGUUGGCUUCCAUGGGCAGUGUCGAUCCUCCGGAACCAGACUCAAGCUUGAAUAAUUCGAGGUCGCUCGGUUCCGACUCGGUCUUCCUAAGAGACGACGAGCAAGAAGAGUGUCUCGACACGGAGGAUGAAGUAUCUGGGUUCUCGACCGACUCCGAAGCACCCGGGCCAAGUUGUCGACGGUUUCUUCGGGUACCCUCGAAAAAGAAGAAAACGGUCGAGAAAUGGGAUGGUUGCUCCGGAUGUGUCCCUAGACGGCGGCCUGAAGGCAAACCUUGUCAAGCUUGUCGUAGUAUUAGCGCAGCCGUUGAAACUUCUAGGUCUCAGGCCGUCUCUACGAGCACCAGCAGCCAAAGUAGCCCCGGUUCUCCGCCGUGUUCUCCAGCCAUCGAGCUCAGGCAUAGACCACCGCCGGCGCCGUUACCAACCAGUCCACCGGCCUGGUCGCAAGAAACUCUCUUUUAGUUCUCUAAAGAUUCGCCAGAACGUUUUCGCAAACGGUCAGUAAUCGCACAAAGGUAUCCCUUCGGUGGGAAAUAGAGGAUGAAGAAAACGAAGAACGGACGGUGACUUCCGAUCGAGUGACUUCGUUCGAGUUGGAAUUCUUCGUUGGAAUCGGUCGAAUGGAACUAGAAAAGGGGUUAUUUAAACAGAUAGAGAAAACGGCGUAUCGUUGUACGACGAAAUAUCUAGGAAGAAUCUAAGACUCGAAGGGAAUGGACGUAUAGAAGUAGGAAAAGCAAGAACACGAACGGACCAUGUUCGAGGGGAAA